AUGGAGACCUUGGUCCAGAGGCAGGUGGGGCUCCGGGGCCACCGCUCACCCCUCGGGGCCUCGGGGCUCCUCAGCCUCACAGGAGAGCAGGACUCCCAGUUGGGAGGACUGAAGGAGGCGAUGGUAGGAGGGGACACCUUCCAGGCCCACGAGCCCAGCCUGCGCGGCUCACCUGGGGUCACCCAGCAGGGGUGGGGGCGUCCCAGCGCCCUGUGCCUCUCCUCCCUGCCUCCUCCCAAGGGACCUCACACGCCCCGCCCCCUUCCCGAGCAGCAGGAGCUCCCAGCCCGGGUGAACCUCUCGGCCGCCCCCGCCGCGCCCCCCGCCCUGCACGCCAAGGUGGACGCAGCGGAGGAGCAGCUACUUGCCAAGGUGCUGGCGCUGGAGAAGGAGCGCGCGGCCCUGAGCCACAGCAGCCACCGGCAGCGGCAGGAGGUGGAGAAGGAGCUGGAGACCCUGCUGGACCGCGUGGCGGAGCUGGAGCACGGGUCCUCAGCCUACAGCCCCCCGGACGCCUUCAAGAUCAGCAUCCCCAUCCGCAACAACUACAUGUACGCCCGCGUGCGGAAAGCCCUGCCCGAGCUGUACGCGUUCACCGCCUGCAUGUGGCUGCGGUCCCGGGCGGGCAGCCCCGGCCAGGGCACCCCCUUCUCCUACUCGGUGCCCGGGCAGGCCAACGAGAUCGUGCUGCUGGAGGCCGGCCCGGAUCCCAUGGAGCUGCUCGUCAAUGACAAGGUCGCCCAGCUGCCCCUGAGCCUGAAGGACAACGGCUGGCACCACAUCUGCAUUUCCUGGACCACAAGGGACGGCCUGUGGUCUGCCUACCAGGACGGGGAACUGCGGGGCUCCGGUGAGAACCUGGCGGCCUGGCACCCUAUCAAGCCUCAUGGGAUCCUCAUCCUGGGCCAGGAGCAGGAUACCCUAGGUGGUCGCUUUGAUGCCACCCAGGCCUUCGUUGGAGACAUUGCCCAGUUCAACCUGUGGGACCACACCCUGACGCCUGCGCAGGUCCUGGGCAUGGCCAACUGCACCGGGCCGCUGCGGGGCAACAUCGUGCCCUGGGAGGACAGGCUGGUGGAGACCUUCGGGGGCGCCACCAAGGCCGCCCUAGAGGUCUGCCAGGGAAAGGCCAAGGCCUGAGGACCACCUCGGCCAGGGCCCCUCCCUCCCGACACUUCCGGGGCCUCCAGUGGGACCACACUCUCUCCCACCCACCCUGCCCUGGUCUUGCCUCCAGUGCCCGCCCCUCUUCCCACCCCUCCAGAACACCAAGCCCUGCGGUGGGCGCCCCCUCACCCCACCAGGGGAGCCAGCCCCUCAUCCACAACAGGUUGAGCUGGGGGAGGCCAGGCUCUGCCGCCCUCCUGGUGGUGCCCCGAUGGGCUCCCCCCACCCCCACCAUCCCCUCAGUCACACCCGAGCCCACAACCCCCACAGCAGCUCCAUGGCUGUGUCUGGGGAAGGUCCACCUGCUCAGUGCUGGCCGUGGCCCUGUGCACUGCUGUCCCCCUCCGGGCCCCCCAGGCUGUGGACAGGUGGAGAUGACGCGUCCGUCUGUCCACCGGCUGCAGGCAAGGGCAGCAGGAUCUGGAUGGAGCCCGCCUUCCCCGCCCCUGCUCUUCCCCCCUUCCCCUGUGGCUUCGUGUGCAGUGGUCUGAGUGUUGGUUCCGCGCCUGGCCCAGCCCCACCUGUUUCCAGGCCCUUCCCUUCCCAGCUCCAGUCUGGAGGUCUAGGGACCAAGACCCCAGGAGGCCCAAGGACCACAGUUACCCCCUUGUGCCCACCCACAGCUGUGCCCACAGGCAUGGUCACCCCUUCUGCUCUGUGCCCGGUCCAGCCUGGGCUGGGAACAGCAUAAGGCAGAGCUCCCUGUCCAGGAAGGUGCCACCUCUGGCCACAUUACCUGCCCCCUUCUGCACCCCUGGGGCAGCCAGGAAGAAGCUGAGAAAGUGGGGAGGAGUGUGUAGUGGUGGGCGGAGCUCUGGGUGGGAGGGAGGAGCCCCUGGUUCCCAGCCAGCCCUGCGGCUGACCUGCUGUGUGGCCUCCUGCCGAGAGCUCUCCAGAGCGAGCGGGAGAUGGUCCUUGAUUCCAGGUGGACGCAGUGAGGGAGGCCCAGGUUCUUUGCAGGAGCAAGUCCUAGGACAGGGCAGUAGAUGCGCUCAGGCCAGUCACCGCUUAGGGUCAGCAGCGGGCCCUGGGGGUCAAGGGCUAGAGCAAGGCUCCAGGAAGACCAACCUCACACAUGGACUGCAAACCUCAGUGGGGAACCUGAGGGGCCAGGGCGCUCCCAACAUGGCACGUGCAACAGCUUCCAAACACCUUGGCACCCAGGAG